CUCAAUAUUUCCUGCAAACAGAGGCAGGGGUACAAAAAAAAAAAAAAAGACCAAACCGACCCCUUAAUGCAGAGCAGCAUUUUCCGGGCUUUCCCUUUCAUACUGGGUUCUCCACCACGUCACUGGAUUUUCAUCCUCUUGAUCUCUGUCUCCAUGGCAACGGACCAAAUGAAUCAUUCAUAUCAAUGGGAAGACAGAAGGGGUGGAGGUCUCAAAAGGUGAGCAGGUCUCAGCUUAGAAACUACAGGGCAUGGCGUUGUUCCUGGGGCCUCAGGAUGCACAUAAUGUUCUUAGACGUUACCCCCGUGCCAAUGGAUUACUAGAGGAACUUCGACAAGGUACAAUAGAACGAGAGUGUAUGGAGGAGAUAUGCAGCUAUGAGGAAGUUAAAGAAGUCUAUGAAAGCAAGGAGAAAACGAUGGAGUUCUGGAGAAGCUAUAUGAGCUCUUUGUAUUCAGUUCGGGACCCUUCUCAGUGGCCGCAGCGCACCGAUUCAGUGUUUGUGGUUCUUCCUCUUUUGGGAUUAGCAUUUCUCAUCAUCAUUGUCCUUUUUGUUAUCUGGAGGUGUCAAUUACACAAAAUUGCAGGCCACCCUCCAUCCUACACGUCUCAGAACUGCUACCUACAGAACCGUUCUACCAGAUCAAUUCCAAGAGUCAUCAUAUACCGCGAGACUGCGCCAACAUUGCACCAACAGGAGCCACCAAACAGUAGGACAACAACAUAUUCUGAAGGCAUUGCACUUCCACCUCAGCAUCCUCUACCGAGACUGUCCACCUGUGCUCCUCCUCCCUCCUAUGAAGAAGUGACAGGAGCUCAAGGAGAAGAAGAGAGGUCUGGAGUUCACUACUGUGAUCCACCACCGAAAUAUGAGGAGAUUGUUGAAGGCUUGUAAAUUAAAGGGCAGUUAAACUACUGAAAGGGGGUCUUGCCUUAUUCCUGUUAUAUUAACUAUGUUUGUUUCUAAAGUCUAUGAUUGGAAACUGAAAACUGCAUUUAUGUAACAAAGACACUACAAAAUAAUAAUAAACACCCUCUAUGUAUUCACCAUCCACACUUUUUUUGAAGUGACCGUAAGAAUUUUUUGUGUUGGACUAUUUGAACCGUAUCUUAUUUAGUGGCCAGCUCAAGAGAUACGGAUUGAAAAAUGGUUAGAUUUUGGCCAAACAGAUGAUAAUGAGAGCUGAAUUUACUGUAACAGGAGAGACAAAAUGUAAGUUGUAAAUAUUCCAUUUACUGUAAAUAUUGCAGCCCAAUUAGUACAAACCUUGUAUUCCAUCUAUAGGCAGUUUCUUGGAUACAUCCAACUCAUUCAUGCAAAAAAAGUCUUGUGAUUUUAUUCUUACAGUUUAUUCAUGAGGCACAAAUGCUCUUUUAUUAUUGCAUUUUCUAAUGUUGUAAACUAUGGUAAAGCGAAAGGGCUAAUAAAGUACCAUUCUAUCCACUGUA